AUGGGCCUUGAAGACCAACUCGUUGCUACUGAUAAGGCCGAAUAUCGAGUUCUAAUAGUACCUAGAAGAAGAGACGGGCCUGUCGGAAACCGAGAGGCAAAUGGGUCUAGGACCAAGGUUGUUAUUACCAUAGACAUCAGCCGGCGCACUCCGCAUCUCACUCUACAGCGCUGGGAGCACUACUAUCCUCCAUCCCGGCCAGCCACCCGUUCUUUCCAGCCAAAUGGAUCAACCGUGCAAACGGUUGAGGUGAUUCAUGAAAACGGUAUCACAAGAGCCACAGGGGAGCUCACUAUCCCCUUUGAGAAAGUGAUCCGUCGCGCGAAACGCGACCGCAGAGAGACUGAUAUCGUUGUUGAAAGGCAUGAACUGGUAAAGGUGGCCGAGUUUGUCUGGAGAGCUCAGGAGUUUAUGUGA